UCCCAAAAUCCGAAAACAAUCUGUGUGUGAAACCGUGUGCCAACCCCACCACCAUUGCCUUCCUCUACACACCUCUUUCUUUACAAACAAAAUUGGAAAUGCCAAAUUAUGCGAACCUUCUGUAAAAUUGCACCUUCCGCCAUGGCUUCCUUCCCUUGUUCUAAGUCUCGAACGGGGGUUUGUGUAUGGCCUGGCAUGAGGCAACUUUCUCUUAGGAAAAAUCUACUGUAUGGAUUUAUGCAGCUCUUCUCAAUGCCGUUCAAGACUGUACGUGGAGUUAGUCGAACACUUGGAAUUUCUAAACUCUGUAGCAUUACCAGUACGUCUUCAUCUUUGCAAAUCGAACUGGUACCAUGUCUCCAGGAUAAUUAUGCAUAUCUAUUGCACGACGUUGAUACUGGAACAGUUGGUGUUCUGGAUCCUUCUGAAGCUGUUCCUGUUAUAGAUGCACUGAGUAGAAACAACCGUAAUUUGACUUACAUUUUGAACACACAUCAUCACCAUGAUCACACUGGUGGCAACAUGGAGUUAAAAGCAAGGUAUGGGGCAAAGGUAAUUGGAUCUGGAGUAGACAGUGAUAGAAUACCUGGUAUUGACAUAGCCCUAAAUGAUGGAGACCAAUGGAUGUUUGCAGGCCAUGAGGUGUUUGUCAUGGAGACUCCUGGUCAUACACGAGGGCAUAUCAGUUUUUACUUCCCGAGAUCUAAGGCAGUAUUCACAGGAGACACACUGUUCAGCUUGUCUUGUGGUAAACUUUUUGAAGGGACUCCUGACCAGAUGCUCUCUUCACUUGGGAAGAUCACGUCCUUACCAGACGAUACAAAUGUCUACUGCGGCCACGAGUAUACAUUGAGUAAUUCGAAGUUCGCACUUUCUAUAGAACCUGGAAAUGAAGAAUUGCAGUCAUAUGCAGCACAUGUUGCCAAUCUUCGCAAGAAGGGCUUGCCAACAAUUCCAACAACCCUCAAAGAAGAGAAGCUAUGUAAUCCAUUUCUUCGAACUUCAAGUACAGAAAUCCGGAAGUUGCUAAACAUUCCAGCCACUGCAGAUGAUGCAGAAGCCUUGGGAGCCAUUCGCCAUGCCAAGGAUAACUUUUAGGUCUGGCAUGUGAAUUGGCGCCAUAAACAACCCAGAAAAUGUGUUAAGAUAUAUAGUGCCUUGCCAUUUUUUGUAUAGGAAUAUUACAUCUACCAGCCAAAAAGCAGAGAUGGAAUACCUGAUUCCUGUUCAUGUUCACACUUAGCUGGGAGAGUCCAAAUGCUGCCUUGAACACUUUCUAAUUCACACAUGGUUAAACUAGACCUCAUUAUAGAUGUUGAAGUGAGACAUUUUUUUUUUUCAAGUUACUAAUGUUUCUUUUGUGCAUCAAGUUUGAGAUAUAAUUUUGUAUCUUGUAAUAAAGAUAAUGUCCAUUUCUUUCAA